AGCUGCUGCACUUAUCGGAGCGCAGAGAGUGUUUUUACACGGUUGAAAAAAAACAGAUACCGGCAUGGAAAUGUUGGCGUGCGGAUUUAGAGGCACAGGUGAGCAGAUCUAACCUUCACCUCGACACUUUUUUUUUUGUGUCCGAGCAGCAACAGACAAGGAGAGAGGGGACAGUUUAUUUACACACCCGGCCACGCAGCAUGUCCCAGUCGGACUAGAGUCGACCCUGCUGGAGCGCAACACGCACGCGGAACGGCGCUGAGAGCCCGGAGGAAUAUUUACAAUAGAAACUCAAUUCCUUUUUGCGAAGAAGAAUAGCAAAGGGGGGAGGAGGAGUGAAAGAUAACACUGGAAUGAAGUGGACCUCGAGAUUCCCAGCGUGCUGCGGAGUUGUGACUGAUGGAUGAAUGUGGUCAUCUGUAGGCUAUAUCCAGCGACAGGUACAGACACCAUCAGGGGGGCUUUGACAAAGACGCAGCGCUUCAUCGGCAGCCGCAUCGCCAAACAUUGUGGUUAGAUCUGUUUCAUCGCACAUCGGAUCGCAUCGUUGACUUGUCUCCAUAGAGUAAGAAGGUCGCGGAGGGCUGUUUUUUGUCUCAGCCACAGGUCAACCAGGACACUCGGGGCUGCUGAUCAUUUUUUUUUCUCUUCUCAAGUCCAGUUCAGUCAAGGACACGGGGGUCUGGAGCAGAUUUUUAAAAGGUCGGACAGAAGGACAUGUAUCUGAUAUCGACCUCACAUGCUCCCGACUGAUUCUUGCUCACCUUCCCACCGAGCGAACCGCACAUAAAGGCUGCCAGGCGCACCGUCCGACGCUCUGAGUUCUCGGCUCACUGUCUUCUACAUUCAUCAGCAUGGCGGGACUCGCUUGUUGGAAGUAUUAUCUCUGGAUCUUUAUUUUAAUGUGCAGGUCGGCGCUACCAUCGGCGAAAUCGCUGGAGACUAUAAUUUGGAGCUCGCAAAAUCCCAAGUUUGUGGCUGGAAAAGGCCUGGUGAUCUAUCCAGACAUCGGGGACAAACUGGACAUCAUCUGUCCCAGAGCGGACCAAGGCAGAGACUAUGAGUUCUACAAGCUGUACUUGGUGAAGAGGGAGCAGGCGGAGAGCUGCAGUACGGUCCUCGAUCCAAACGUCCUGGUCAACUGCAACAAGCCCGAGAAGGACAUCAAAUUCACCAUCAAGUUCCAGGAGUUCAGCCCAAACUACAUGGGCCUGGAGUUCAAGAGGAACGUCAACUACUACAUCACCUCAACCUCCAACGGUACAGUCGAGGGCCUGGAGAACCGGGAGGGAGGCGUGUGCAAGAGCCGAGCCAUGAAAGUCAUCAUGAAAGUCGGGCAAGUCCCAAACGCAGCGAACCCCGUGGCGCCGGAGGCUCCAGAAGAAAACGCCAUACCAGAGUCCAGUCCCAGUCCGCCUGACCAGGGUCGGGUUGGACCAGAGUCGUCAGGAAACCCUGACACCAGGAAUCAGGAAGAGUCAGGUUCUACGGCAAACUCAGACGGCAUCCUUGGCUCCAAAGUGGCCGUGUUCUCCGCCAUCGGGGCUGGCUGCAUCAUCUUCCUCCUGCUCAUCCUCCUCCUUGUCAUCCUGCUCAUCAAGAUGCGCAAGCGCGCCAGGAAAAACGCCCAUUCGCAGCCCCGCCCCUCGGCGCUGUCGCUCAGCACGCUGUCCAAUCCCAAGAUGCCCGGGGGCACGGCUGGCACGGAGCCCAGUGACAUCAUCAUUCCGCUGCGGACAGAGAACAACUACUGCCCUCACUAUGAGAAGGUGAGCGGCGACUAUGGCCACCCCGUCUACAUUGUCCAGGAGAUGCCCCCGCAAAGCCCCGCCAACAUCUACUACAAAGUCUGACACGCUCCACACAGCCACCGCGACACAGCUGGGAGAGAGAAAGAGAGGAGCGCUUGAUUUAUGUUCUUGGGAAGAACACUUUCCUUUGCAUUUUGGGGACUUGAUGCUUCUUCAAGCCCGUGUUAUUUCUACCACCUGCUGCACAAAUCUGGAGAGAGAACGCACUGACCAGUAACCAGCGGGGUUGCGAGCUGACUGAUGAGAGAGGUUUAUUCUGUUUGUUUGGGUUGUCUGACAAUCCCCACCCGCCCCUCCUCCUCCUUCUCCUACCCUCACCUCCCCACCUUCUACAACUCCCCACUGUGCUCCGACAGGGGAGGGGGGAGGGGGGAGGGAGGGGGAUGCGGGGCUGGAGCGAACCAACAGAUGGAACUCUAGCAUCCUGGUUCGCUGUCCCCUUUAACGGGCAGGAUAUAACUUAUCUCAGUUCCCUGAAGUACAGUCUGUGCUACACCCAAUUAAACACACCAUCCCAGCACACUAGCCAGGAACAGGCAGACACAGGCCCCGGACGCCACUCAGCCUGCAGUUUGUGUGCAAGCAUAAAACGUGUGUGUAUGUGUGUGUGUGUGUGUGUGUGUGUGUGUGUGUGUGUGUUAGUCAGGGCUCCGUGCUGGGCCAGGAAACUCUCCAGAUAGCUCAGGUAUCAGACACAGUGUGUGAAAUAAUGUGUUCCUCUCCCUUCGCACCUCUGAUGUUUGCCUUACUUACUAUUUUUGAUGGAGGAUUUCCUCGAACCCUGAUUCAGUUCACAAAGCAGUUGUAUUUUGUUAGACUUUUCCUACAAGUGCACAAUGUAUAGAGUUGAAUAGAUCAUCAUUUAUUACUCCCAUCUUCUCACGUCAACCAUGUCAUCCAUUGCAUUUUUUUUCCAGACUUUGACCUGGACUGUUGAUGUCGAGGUGUGUGUGAGUGUGUGUUCCCCUUCUCCACUGGUCUGAUAUGAGCUUUACCAUUACUCUGGUAUUUAUGACCUACUUGUGUGUAUUUGAAGGUGUGUUCUGUGUGUGUGUGUGUGUGUG